AUGGACGAUUUAUUGCCCCAAACAGGUAUUUACACUGCUCAAGGAAACUUAUUCUACCACGAAAAGCCUCUAAAGUAUACAAAGGAAGCUAAAAAACGUUUGGCUGAGUUUGGUAUCGAAACAAAUGUUCGCAGUCAAUUUACUUUAGAAGAACACUGUUUAGUACUGAAGAAUUGGAAAAGAUAUGCUGAAAGCAUUGGAUAUCCUGUGGAAAAUGCUCCGAUUUAUCUAAAUGCCGGUCAUCGUCAUGGAGCAUUGAAAAAGGAUAUGGAAGAGAGAUAUGCUAAUAAUUUCUAUGUUGAAUUAUGUAGGUUUUCAGUGGAUACUCUUUCAUAUUUAAAUUUUUCUAAUUUCAGGUCGAGGUCUUCCUCAUCGAAGUGCUUUUCAGGUUUAUAAGAAAGCUUUAGAAAUACUGGAUCCAAAUAUUUUGGAAGAUCACAAAAAAUGGGAUGAUGAUGAAAUGUUAUUCAAACUUCUUGUCAAUGAAUUCUUUUUCAGGUAAAAUUAUAUAAUUUCAAAAAAUAGUUUUAUCUUUUCAAUUUUCAGUAAAGUACAAUUGGAACAGGAUAUCAAAUUCGAAAUUAUAAAACUUCAUGAAAAGAAACGAACUGCGAGACACAUUGCACAGGAAUUGGAACUGAAAAUUCGAGCAGUCAGAUCUUUUCUGGUAAAAUACAACAAGAUUAACAAUUCGAACAAAUCAGUCGUUCAAUCUUUAAUUUGGAGUAAGUUUUAUGAAGUGUUUUUUUCAAAUAUUCUCAUUUUUAAGAAACUGUGAUUCCAAAAAUUAUUUCCACUGAAGAAUUCGCCGAAGCUUUGAAAUCGAAAAAGUUGGACCAGUUUGCGAGGGAUUUGGAUUUCAAACAUAUCGCUGCCAAACUUUUCAUUUUACCGAAAAUUGCAUUGCGAGCGUGGAAUGAAUACAUUUCUGAUAUCAAACAAUCAUUUGUGGAAUUAAAGAAAACCAACAACGAAAAAUAUGCUGUUAAAGUAGUUAUGCGUGGUGUAAGUCAUAGAGAGACAAAAAUGUGAAUCUGAAUAAAUUUCAGGUAGUAGUCGAUAAGUUAUCUCGUGCAAAACAACGCGUAAUUAUGGCAUGUGUUUGUAAACUGAUCAAUAGACACACACAGAUUUUUGAUAAAAAUGAAUUUAAAAAAAGUGAAUUCAAAAAAAUGAUGAAAGAGAAAGGUAUUUGGGGAUAUCGUAAACCCGGACAAACAUUGAUGUGGUCACUUCUUCACAAUACUCGACAGCGUUUGUCUACAUUCAACAGAUUUGUUUUUGACAAAUUGGCGAAAGGAUUUCCUGUGAGAUGUUAGUUAAAAGAUAUUUGGAUUUCUUAUUUGAAAAUAUUAUUUUUUUCCAGUGAAAAUUCAUUGUUUAUAUUGGGCAAUGUGUCGAAAAACUGACUGGAAAGAUGGACGAAUUUAUGAAUUAUUAGAGGAUAAAGAACAAAUUGAAGUUAUUCAAAUGAAUUUGACUAAUACAACAAUGCGAUUUCUUCAAAAUGAUUUUACAAAAAAAUGGUUGGAGGUAUUUAAACAAUUAUUUCAUUGCUUUUUUUCGAGAAAUAAUAUCAUUUUUCAGGAAGAAUUGAAGUUAACGGACCUAGAUGUAUUUGAACUUGCAACAGAAGCAUUUGUUAUUUAUUCUCAUUAUACAUACGGCGACAACUUCAUUUUUCCAUCAAAAUUACACGGAUUUGUUAAAUCAGAAGUAGUUAAACCUCUGUUAUGUAAAGAAAACAAUAAUUCGGAAUAUUUGAAUCCAGAUGAUAUUGAGAUUGAAGGAUUUGAUGGUGCCUUGGAAAAGAAACUCAAGCAAAAAUUGACUUAUCGAGAAUAUAUGGAAGAUGGCGAACCUUGUGAAAUUGUGGUGAAACAAGAAAUUGAUGACGAGGUUAGUUUUUGAAUAAAAUUGGUAAAAAUAUUCAAUAUGUUUCAGUUCGAAGUUGUUGAAACAAUUAGAAAGCGAGAAGUGAAUAGUGAUGAAAUUGUUUUGGAUGAGGUAAGAAUAUUAUCAUACUUUUAAUUAUUUCAAAAAGUUUUUUUUAGAUAGAAGAAGCGAGUACAUCUUCAAGAAAACGAAAAAGAACAAAAAGAUCGGAUUCGGAAGAUGAUAAUGAAACAUUGAGUUCAAACGAAGAUUCUAAGCCUGGUGCUUCUUCAAUUUCUGAUAGAAUUCAGGAUAAUGAAAAUUUGGUAAGUGUUUCUCGUUGUGCUCAUAAUCAAAAAAUAAAACUUCAAAUAUACAGCCGAAAGAAGAUGUCAAAAAGAAGAAAAGGAAGAAAUCGAAAAAAUCAAAUCUGGACGAAAUUUCUAAUAAUAAUAAAGACGAGGUUUGAAAUGUUGAGUUUUAUUGUUGAUUUUUUCUCGAAUCUGUUAAUUAAUCUGUUAAUGAAUUUGUUUUCGAAUUAUUUUCAUUUUCACUCCAAAAAGUCGAUGAACUUUUAAAAUAUCUUCAUUUAAUUGUUCUAACUCAAAAUUCUUGUUAUAAUCAGUUUUCUUUGAGAUGUUCACUAGACGUUAUUAUUAUCCACCAGUGCAUUUAAAAGAAUUGCCUGAACCAAAAAACGAUCUGAAAAAUGAAUAUGGAGAAAUAUUCUAUCAAUAUGCACCGUUUGAAUUGAAUGAAAAUCAUAUGAAACUAUUAAAUGAAUUCGGUUAGUUUUUUUCUUCAAAAAUCUAAUUGAAGAAAUAUUGAUUUUUUUUCAUAGGUAUCAAAAUUAAUAAUUCACCAAAAUUUACUUCAAAUGAAGAUGAAAUAUUACUUGAGAAUUGGACAAAAAUUCGAAAAGAAAAUGCAUUGAAAGAUGAACAUUCACUCUGUUUUAUCGGAUUUCGGAGACCAUGGAUUUGUGUCGUAAGUUAAAUCUUAUUUUUUUUGUUUGAAAAAAUUUGAAUGGUACCGAAAUAUAUGGGAUUUAUCCAAUGUAGACAGCAUUUCGCCACAUUUUGUUUUUUUUUUCAGCAAUCAUUCCAAUAUCGAUUGGAAAAGAUUUCACAACUCGAAAUCUGGCCGAAACUGUGUGAAAAUCUUGAAAAUCGAACAGCAUGGAUUAUACAAAGAAGAUUAUCUCUUUUAUUGGAUGAAAAUUAUGUGAUAGGAAAUGAUGAAGCAACAGAAGAACAAAUCGAAUUAAUUAGGAAAAUAGAUGUAAAUGUAUCAAGGACUGAUUUGGAAAAGUUUUAUUAUCAAUCUAAAAUUCCACUAUAUUUUAUAGCGAAUAUUGAAAAAUGGGAAAAUCCUGGAAACCUAUUCAAUUAUAAUAAUAAUAUAAAAUCGAGAAAUUUUGAAUUAUUUAAAAUUGUAUUGAAAGCUGCAAAAAUAUCCGAAAUCGAAUUUGCCACAAUUUUAUCAAAACGAAGUUCUCGAAAAAUUCAUAAGAAAGUUAAAAUAAAUUGGGAAGAAGUUGUGAGACAAACAAAAACGAAAAGAUCUGAAGAAAAUAUGGAAAAUGAUUGGAAUUUAUUAGUGGAAAAAUUGAUAGAAGUUUAUGAGGAAAAUUUGAUGGAAAAUGAGAAAAAAGGAGAAUAUUCGGAAUUGACAUGGUUUAUGUGUAAGAAAAUUGUAAGUUUUCUUAAUUUUUUGUAAUUAAAAAUUAUGAGUAUUGUUUUCAGGUUUUUGCUUCUCGUUCUUCUCUAAACAAUCGUCUUAUUUUCAUCCGUUGUCUUUAUAAAUGUGUUGAUAUUCAAGCAACAUCUUUAUCCGAAUAUAAAUUUGUGCACACAAAAAAAUUGCGAGAAAAACUGAAAAGUUUUGGAUUUUCGAAUCUUUGUCAAUCAAAAAAUAUUUCCACGUGGAAAAUCUAUCAACAACUUGCGAUUCGUUUAAAAGCACUCGAUGAAGAGAUUUUCGAAUUAUUGGACCCAAAACCAUGUCUCAAAGAGAAAAUUAUGAUUUUUUUCGAAUCAAUUAUUCGCCAAAAAUCAAUUCGAGGAAUCACUUCCGAUAUUUACAACUCAACUUAUAUUACAAAUAAUGUCAUUUUCAAAGUUGUUGAAGAAUAUUAUAAAAUGCGAUAUAGUUCCACGUGGAAUUCUGAAGUUUUUGGUCGAAAUUUGGAUAUAUCAGUAAAAGAGAAUCGAGAAGAGGAACAAAAUAUUAGAAAACGACGAAAAAUUGAAGAAAGUCCUAUUAUGCAACGACUAAAAAUUAGAAUUCUUAGCGAAGAAGAAAAGAGAAAUGUUCAAAUUUCACCGAUUUUCUCAAAUUCACAAAUUGACGAGGUUUGUUUCAUUUUUCUCAUUUUUGUAGAGAAAAUCCGUUUUUUCUACCUGCUUAAGAAAUAUUGAUUUUUUCCAGAAUCAACAAAAUUCGACAUAUGAUUCAGCUGAAGAAACAACAUUCUUAGAUUUAUCUGAAAUCGAUACAACAGUUAAUACAACUACAUCCUUACGCCCAGAUGAAACUGUUAUUGCAAGAGGUGGAAAUGGUGUUGAAAAUUUUGCUGAUUCAUUUUUCGAAACUUCUACGCAAGAUGAAUUUAGCUCACGAAUUAUUGAAAUUCCCAAAAUUGUUGAAGUUCAACCAGUCAAAUCUCCCGUUAUUAUUCCAAAAAAUGCGGCAAAUAAUUGGCUGGAUUUAUUAGGUUGA